AUGUAGCGGCCUAUGAUCCGUCAAAUACGAGAGUCGAACAACGACUAGCAUAAGCCGCAAGUGGCUGUGCGCCUAACGUCGCCUAAAGUCCCAACGAUCUUUGAUGUUUUAAGCAGAGUGCGGUAAACCUGCUAGGAUGGGUUGGCGGUCCAGCCUAAUUUGUGACAGCGUCAGAGUAAAGCAUCCCUCAGUUUUGAAUAGGAUUCAUCCCGUAAAGGGACAGAUGAGCAUGCCAGAUUUAAGACUUUCCCCAGAAGAGAGAAUUAUGUUGAUAGAAAAUGUGAACAUAGUGAUUCAUAUCGCGGCCACUGUGAAAAUCAACGAAUCAUUAAACCUGGCUGUUAACAUAGUAUAA